AUGACUCAAAGGCAUCCAGUUCAGUCUCAAUCCGCACAACCACCACCCUGGGAGCCCGUUGGUGCAGGUCAUGCACCGCCGCCUAUUGUUAAUAUUCCUCUUGCGCAGGGCAAAGAGAUAAAGAAUGAGGACUUCAUACCCGACGAAGACUACGUUCCUUCUUGUCCUCCUUCACCGAACCCCAAUUCACAGCAUCAGGAGAUCAUGCAACUGGUCGAUUGUGCGGUUGCUUCUAAACGGUUUUGGUGA